UGGAUCCACGGCGUGUGGGCGGGGCCUUCAGAGCAAGCCCGGCAAUUCUCCGGCGGGGAGCUACUCCCGAAGUGGCGGGAGCAGCCGCAAUGGAAGCGCCUGGGGAGAAAGAGGCGCAGGUUGCUGCGUGGUUGAAAAAGAUAUUUGGAGAUCAUCCUAUUCCACAAUAUGAGGUCAAUGCCCGGACCACAGAGAUCUUACAUCACCUUUCAGAACGCAACAGGGUCCGGGACAGGGAUGGCCACCUGGUAAUAGAGGACUUGAAACAGAAAGCAAGUGAAUAUGAAUCAGAAGCCAAGCAUCUUCAAGACCUUCUCAUGGAGAGUGUGAAUUUCUCCCCUGCCAGUCUCUCCAGCACUGGUUCUAGGUAUCUGAACGCUUUGGUUGACAGUGCAGUGGCCCUUGAAGUAAAGGAUACCUCAGUAUCUAGUUUUCUCUCUACAGUGAAUGAUUUGACCUCUGAUCUUUUUCAUACCAAAUCCAAAAAUGAAGAACUCAAGCUUGAAUUGGUAAAACUUGAAAAAAAAUUAACUGCAAGUUUAGUAUUAGAAAAAUGUCUGCGAGAGGAUCUCAAGAAGACAGAGUUGCAGCUGUCUACAGAAAGGGCCAAAGUUAACAAUCGUCUUCAGAACAUGGACUUCCUAAAAGCAAAGUCAGAGGAGUCCAGAUUUGGAAUCAGAGCUUUAGAGGAGAAACUAUCGGCCAGAGGCAUGGAGGCUUCUCUGUCUCAUCAGUCACUAGUAGAACUUUCAGAGAAACUGGAAGAACUAAAACAACAGACUAUACCUUUGAAGAAAAAAUUGGAGUCCUAUUUAGAUUUAAUGCCGGAUCCAUCUCUUGCUCAGGUGAAAAUUGAAGAAGCAAAGCUAGAAUUAGCUACCAUUGAAGCUGAACUCACAAAGGAAGUAGAAAUGAUGGAACUGUGACCAGAGCCAAAUAAACUUGGUGCUCCCGAAGAAAGUAAAUUAAAUAGGACUUUAAUCUUAAGAUGAAAAACACCUUAAGAGUAAUAAAAUAUAUAGGGGAGAAUAAAUGAUGAUGGAAAAAAUAAAAUAAAAAAUAUAUAUUUAAAAGGACUUUGUUUCCUCUUGGCAUUCCUUGAUAACUUAAUGUCUGUGUUCUUAGCUGAGAUAAUGUCACUAUUGAUAGGAUAGUGGUUUCUGCUAUGUAUUGCAUUUUUGUGCCCAAAUACAUAGUUUUCAGAAUAAAAAUGUUGGUUUUCU